AUGUUGAAGUUGUUGGAGGAAAUCUUCAUAAAUAGGUUUAAGCAGUCUAUUCAAGAUCAAGUGAUCCGGUACAGACCAGUGGGGAUUGAUGAGUUAGUAGACACCGCGUUGAUCAUAGAGGAGCAGGAGAGUCGUGAUGAGAAGGAAAAGGAGUGGGAGCACCGGGAUCGGUUUAAGCCAACGUUUCAGAGGGUUAAAUCAGCUCCAGCGUUACACUAUAGCUUUCGUUUCUCGGGAUCAAACUCUCACCGAUCACCCGAGAAAAGGAGUUCGGAGGGUAACUAUAAAAGCAGGCCCAAUGUUUCCGAUAAGAAGAAGGGAGAGUGCUGGAAGUGUGGGGAUAAAUGGAGCCCAACGCACAAGUACAAGGGUAAGGAAUUCAAGUACCUGGCGGUCAACGAAGAAGGAGAGAUCGAAGGGGAGCUUGGGAAUGACCUAGAGGAUCAAGAGGAGGACUCGGCUAACGACGAAAUGAAAGAACUCUUGGUGUUGUCCUUGCAGUCUAUGUCAGGGUUGACACCAGGGAGGUCGAUGAGGCUUAAAGGGGUGGUUGCAGGACAAGAGUUGAUCGUGUUUAUCAACUCAGGAGCAACGAGCAAUUUCAUUUCCUCGGAAGUGGCUAAGAGGUGUGGAUUAAAGGUUCAGAAGACGCGAGGGUUCGGAGUCUCCAUCGGCGAUGGACAGAUCAUUCCAAGUGAGGGCAAGUGCAAACGAGUGCCAUUGCAAAUUCAAGAGGUAAACGUUCUCGCUGACUUCUUGAUAUUCGAACUGGGAACUACGGAUUUAGUACUUGGAUAUGCCUGGUUGGAAACUCUGGGGGAGAAAAAGAACAACUGGAAGUGUCAUACUAUGAUCCUAAUGCACGAGGGAAGAUGGGUCAUGCUGGUUGGGGAUCCAUCGUUGGUAAGGUCACAAGUUUCUUUGAACUCGAUUGAGAAGGUAGUGCAGGAUGCGGGAGAGGCGUAUCUGUUAGAUUUUUUCACCUUGUUUGAAGGAGAUGUCAAGGGGGCAACCUGUACACAGGAUACGGAGGUCCUCAAAGUAGUAGAGAAGCAUAAGGGAGUAUUCCAAAUGCCUGCGGAUUUGCCACCACAGCGUAACAGGGAGCAUGCUAUUACCCUAAAAGAAGGUGCAACACCAGUCAACCUGAGACCUUAUCGAUACACCUUCAUACAAAAGGAUGAGAACGAGAAGUUAAUUCGGGAAAUACUACAAGCGCGGAUAAUACAACCGAGUAUUAGUCUCUACUCGAGUCCGGUGUUAUUGGUGCAAAAGAAGGAUGAGGGAUGGCGUUUCUGCAUUGAUUACAGGGUGUUGAACAAGCUUACGAGAGCAACAAUCUUCUCCAAACUGCAUUUGAAGUCGCGGUAUCACCAGAUAAGAGUUCAGAAGGACGAUGUGAAGAAGACGAUCUUCAGGACACACGAGGGACAUUAUGAGUUCCUCGUGAUGCCUUUUGGGCUUACAAACGCCCCAGCCACUUUCCAGUCACACCAGCAAGGAGGAUCACUUGAGGCAUUUAUAGUUGGUUCUGAAGAAGUUGAAGCAGCACCAAUUCUAUGCGAACAAGAAGAAGUGUGCAUUUGGGAAGAAGCAAAUAUCCCUGAGCCGCAGAAUAUCACAGAGCUGAUGGGUUUCUUGGGGCUAACGGGUUACUACCGGCGUUUUGUUCGGGAUUAUGGGAAAAUUGCGAGACCGUUAACUGAGUUACUACAGAAGAAUGAGUUCAAAUGGAGCUCUCACGCGACAGAGGCUUUUCAGCAGUUGAAACAGGCAAUGACUUCUUUGCCUAUUCUGGCAUUGCCGGAUUUCAAGGCGCCUUUUACGGUGGAAACUGAAGCGUCUGCACCUCUUUCGCUUGACAUGGUGGCGUUGAAGGACCAAGUAAGUAGAGAUGCGAUGCUGCAGAAGAUAGUGUCGGGGUUACAGCAAGGUUCCUCACAGGAUUCACGAUACACUCUAAAAGACGGUGUGUUGUACAGAGACAAUUGUGUGGUGUUACCAUCUGGAUCUCCCUUCAUUUCAAUAUUGUUGCAGCAGUUUCAUUCUAGUAGUACUGGGGGUCAUGAAGGGCAGCUGAAGACGUACAAAAGGCUGAGCAAGUUCAGCCACUUCAUCAAACUGUCUCACCCUUUUACUGCGAGGGAUGUGGCGGAGAAGUUCAUCUCUGAAGUGGUGCGCUUACACGGGUUCCCAGAGUCCAUUGUGUCCGAUCGAGAAAAGGUUUUUCUCAGUAAUUUUUGGGUUGCUAUGUUCAAGUCUCAAGGCACGUUCUUGCGCAGGAGCUCAGCCUACCAUCCGGAGACAGAUGAGCAACAGAGGUCAUGA